GUUGUCACUUCUUCUUCGAGGUGACAAAGAUGCAGGUGACAAGAAGGAGAAGGAUAGAAAGAAAGGAAAGAGACAAUGAAGAAGAGUAGAGGAGGGAUUUAUCGAUUGGCAGAGUUCUGACCUUCGUCUUCAUCCCAGUGUAAUUUCAAGUUCGUCGGUUUCAAGUAGGAAGAUCAUCACAAUGAACUGCAAAAAAAAAUAGAAGGAAAAACAGAAAAAUAGAAAGAGAAAAUAUACUUUUCCUCUAUGUCGAUCAACAGCCCGAACAAAAUUGCAUUUUAAAAAAAACGCCGUCCAACCGCAUUGCCACAUCACGUUGAAGUGCACACGUGAGGUGAGUGACUCCUUCCGCAGAUGUCUUUAUUUUUAGCACGGACUCGUGAAAGAUGGAAGAAAUGGGAUUGGUCUCUUAAAGAAGGCGAUCGUUCGUCUGUCAUGCUUUCUAGAGGGUGAAAAUUGUAUGAAGGGAGAAGAAAGGAUAUACGACAGGACCAAUGGUCUACGUUAGAAAUAAUAUCGCUGGUUUUAAUGGAUUAAGCGAUGCCCUAAAGAGACUAGAUUUUUUAUCAGCAGUACAUGACUGUCGUCGAUUUAAUUACAUCGUAAGGCUUUUGGAUCUUCUAGUUAGUCACAGAAUGGGUGGUUUGAGUGGAUGUGCACAACGAGUCCUUUUCAAUAUGUUAGAGGAAGUAGCGUUGGAAGUAUCCUUAUCACAACAACAAACUGGAAGAUUACGACGGUUGAUUGAAAGAGUUAGAGCCUUUAGUGCUGGAUGUUGUUGGGGUGGAAGACCUUUAGGCUCUGUAAUCUUAUGGGAAAAACAUAAAGCAGCUUUGGAAAGAAUCUUACAAAUUGCCUCAUCUAUCACUAUAACUCAGCCAGACGAAGAGCAACAACCACAAUGGUCGGAUUUACCUCCAGAAUGUCGCAGAGAAGUUCUUCUUCGAUUAAGCGAUCCGCAAGACAUUGAAGCUUCAUCAGAAGCAUGCGAACAUCUCGCAGUUUUAGCUCAAGAACAAAGAAUAUGGCGAGAACUUGCUCAGUAUCAUUUCACUCCACAACAAAUAGCUACUACUAGGCAAAACAAUCCAGGGAAAGAUUGGAAGACUAUAUUUACUAUUGCUAGAAGAUCGUUCGGUUUGCGAGAAGAAUAUGCCGAGAUGAUACAAUUGUGCCGCAAUUGUCGUUGUUUAUUUUGGAGAUCAUUGGGCCAUCCCUGCAUUGCAGACCAGGAUCCAGCAUUUCAAGAGAAGUUAGCUGAUGUAGAUCAAGCUUCUCUUCAUGUUCCAAUUCCCCCUCAAACUUUCCUAAAGUUUUUUUCACUGUGAAGGCUUUUUGUUAAAUGUCGUCUAAACGGAAUAAUUAGAUAUACAGUUGCAUAUGUGCGCAUAUGUGCGUAUAUGUAUAGUAUGUCUGCGAAUAAGUUAAGAAAAAGAGUGUGAAUGAGAAAAACAAAAAACAAGAAAAAUAUAGGGAAAAGGAAAGAUAUAUAACAGAUGUGAUCGAAAAACGAAUACUUCGAAAUUAUAUACAAAUAAUAUAUCUAGCAAAAAAAAAAAGAUAUUUAAAAAUUCUAUUGCACAUAGAGAUCUUAUCAUCAUAGAAAAACCUUUAAAAUAAGUUAUAUUCAAUAUGUUACGAUUGCAUAUAUAAGAAGUUUCUAGUCUAAAAUGAAACUUCAGAUGUGCAAAAUUCUUAGAAUGCUUCCUUCCCUUAAAAGUUAUGAUGACAACUAUUUCCCAAAUUGCAAAAUAUAUUUCUGUAAUUUUUAAAAUUAUAAUAGUUAUAAUAACUAUGAUAAUAAUGAAUGAUAAGUGCUAGUCGUAUUAAAAUGUUGAUUGUUAGAUAUAUCGUAUGUGUGUUUCAAAAAACACAUAAAAGAUAUCCAACUGUGAAGAUAGGCUUUCAGGGUUUUUACCUUCCUUAAGAAAAUCUAUCUACGACUGUCUGUUUUUAGAUAUGCAUCAUUUUUAUGCAGUAAACUUACACUUAUCAUUUAUGAAAUCAUAUUGUUUUUAUUCAAGAAAUAUAUAUUAUAUUAACUAAAAUAAUCCUGCCAAGUAAAUUAUGAUGAACUUGUUUAAAAAAAAGGAUUGGUUGCAAUUUGAUUUUUUGUUUUUUUUUAUUAUACACAUGCGUGCGCAUGCAUGUAUGUGUGUGUGUAUCAAUAGAAUAUUGAAGUUCAUUUUUAGUGAUUUAUCUUAGUUGGUGCAAUUUUAUAAAGUUGUUGCAUAGCAAACAUAAUCGAGUUUUAAAAACGUAUCAAGCUACAUUUUUAUAAAUAUUUUUAAAAUAUUUAAUAUGUUGUAUAAUAUAAGUCUAAUAUUUCUUAUAAAAACAAAAUUGGUAUAUUUGCAAGAGUACCUUUAGUACUACAUAAAGUUCUUUGUUACAUUUAACUAACAUUGGGGAUAUGAUCGUAUUUGUUUCAAAAUAAAAAUUUGUAAUGGUAGCUUUAUUUUAACAUCGCAAGUGUAUAUUAAUAUUUUAUGUAUUUUUUUUUUUUUUUUUAUACACUAUAUAUGAUAAUAGUAAAGAUAUAACACAGAGAUGUGCAAACUUUCUGUCAGAGGAAAAAUCACUCGUUACUGUUAUCUGAUUAUCUCUACUCGAGUAUGCUCACUUGAUAUAAAUCCUUCCUUUAAAAAUGAUGUAUUAUCAUGAUAUGGUAAUUUAAUAACAGUGAAAUAUGUUGAAGAAUACAGAUAUGAUUAGUAUGACGAUUUGUUAAGGGAAAAUGGAAGAAAGAGUUGGAAUAAAGGGCAAUUGACUCUGUGAGUCAACUUUGUACGUCUCUGGUAUAACAUAUCUUGAUUCUCAUAAAUAUUUGUCAGUUUUCUAUUUAUAUAAAAUACUAACAGCAAAUGAUUUAGUAAACUUCGAUUUUACAAUAAUCUAUGUUAGAAUUACAAUUUAUUGGAGAGACAAUUUGUAAACUGUCUCCACAUGUAUAUAUGCAUAUAUGCUUUAUUAUAUGCAUAAAUAUUAAGUUAUGACAUAAAACACAAUCAUACACUAACAAAGUACAGACAAAUCAUGAAGUAACUUUUUUAAAGUACUUCAGUAGAGAUAUAAAAACAGUGUAUGAACUAACUAUUGCAUUCUGUAUAAUCGUACAAAAUGAGAUCCUAUUUACACUGCUCCGUAUACAUAUAUAUUCAUUUAACUAUACUGAAAUUUUCAAUAAUGAAAAUUUUUUUAAUCUCUAUAAGUUAUUAUCAAUAUAUGAGUAUUAUAAUUGAUUAAUCGAAAAAAAGAAAAUUAUACUGCCAAUAUGGAUGCUAUUGCAUUUACAUGAAUUGAACAAAUUGUUUAUAAAAUUUUCUUUUAGAAAAAAUGUUAUUUUUUAGAUAUUUCUUUUUUUAUUCGUGUAAUCUUUUAAGAUUGUUUCAUGACCUACAUAGUUCACUAACCUAGUCAUUAUAGAAAGCUCUCAUUGAAAUUGAGUGUACUUGAUUAUAAUAUUAUAAUUAAUUACUCUAAUUUUUUGGCAGCUUGUUAUAAAACUCUGAAACGAAUUGAAAUUAGUAAAUCAUAAUUAAGCGAAGUGAUCCUAUGAUAAGAUUUAUUUUAUUUAUAUCUAAGCUAAUAUAUGUACAGCAAGAUUGUACAAAUUGCAAAAUAAAAUUUAUUUAAAUAUGUA